AUGGGUAAACAUGGGUUUGUCCGAAAACUGGUCGGUGACUUAUCUUUUUCGGACUCAUCACCCUUCGCCAAGCUAUUGGACUCUUGUGUUAAGUCAAAAUCCGUUUCUGAGGCGCGUCGCGUUCAUGCUAGAAUCAUUAAGACACAUUUUUCCUCAGAAAUCUUCAUUCAGAACAGGCUCGUUGAUGUUUAUGGGAAAUGCGGUUUUUUGGAAGACGCACGCAAGGUGUUUGAUCAUAUGCCACAGAGAAAUAUUUUCAGUUGGAAUGCGGUUUUAAGUGCUUUGACGAAGUGUGGUGCUCUUGAUGAGGCUUUGAACUUGUUUAAGUGUAUGCCUGAGCCUGAUCAGUGUUCUUGGAAUGCUAUGGUGUCUGGUUUUGCUCAAAGGGAUCGUUUUGAGGAAGCGUUGAGAUUCUUUGUUGAUAUGCAUAAGGAGGAUUUUGUGGUUAAUGAGUAUUCGGUUGGCAGUGCUCUUAGUGCUUGUGCAGGGUUGACAGAUUUGAAUAUUGGUGUUCAAAUCCAUGGUUUGAUAUCGAAGUCUCGUUACUCGUUGGAUGUUUACAUGGGUUCUGCUCUAGUUGAUAUGUACUCAAAGUGUGGGGUGGUGGAUAGUGCUCAGAGGGCUUUUGAUGAUAUGGAUGUGAGGAAUAUAGUUUCGUGGAACAGUUUGAUUACGUGCUAUGAGCAAAAUGGUCCUGCUGGUAAAGCUAUAGAGGUUUUUGUGAGAAUGAUGAGUAACAGGAUUGAGCCCGAUGAGAUUACUUUGGCUAGUGUGGUUAGUGCUUGUGCAAGCUUAUCAGCAAUUAGGGAAGGUUUGGAAAUUCAUGCUCGUGUUAUGAAACAGGAUAAAUUUCGGAAUGACCUUGUGUUAGGCAAUGCUUUGGUUGAUAUGUAUGCAAAGUGCAAGAGAGUUAAUGAAGCUCGAUUGGUUUUUGAUAGGAUGCCACUUAGGGAUGUGGUAUCUGAAACCUCCAUGGUAAGUGGAUAUGCAAAGGCAUCAAGUGUGAAAGCAGCGAGACUGAUGUUUUCAAACAUGAUGGAGAGGAAUGUGGUGUCGUGGAAUGCUCUUAUUGCAGGUUAUACGCAGAAUGGAGAUAAUGAAGAGGCAAUUAGACUAUUUCUCCUCCUAAAAAGGGAAUCCAUCUGGCCAACUCAUUACACCUUUGGUAACUUACUUAACGCGUGUGCAAAUCUUGCUGAUCUGAGGCUUGGAAGACAGGCACAUACUCACAUUUUGAAGCAUGGUUUUUGGUUUCAGUCAGGGGAAGAAUCUGAUAUUUUUGUUGGGAAUUCUCUUAUUGACAUGUACAUGAAAUGUGGAUUAGUUGAAGAUGGACGUGUGGUUUUUGAGCGCAUGUUAGAAAGGGAUAAUGUCUCGUGGAAUGCCAUGAUAAUCGGAUAUGCGCAAAAUGGUUAUGGUACCGAGGCCCUUGAAAUUUUCAGGAAAAUGCUGGUAUCCGGAGAGAAACCAGAUCAUGUUACUAUGAUAGGAGUACUGUCUGCAUGUAGUCAUGCGGGACUUGUUGAAGAAGGGCGCUGUUACUUCUGGUCAAUGACAACCGAUCAUGGUUUAGCACCAAUAAAGGACCAUUAUACAUGCAUGGUUGAUUUACUUGGUCGUGCGGGUUGCCUUGACGAAGCAAACAAUCUGAUACAAACAAUGCCAAUGGAACCUGAUGCUGUUGUUUGGGGAUCGUUACUUGCUGCUUGUAAGGUUCAUGGAAACAUUACAUUAGGAAAGUAUGUGGCAGAAAAGCUCUUGGAGAUUGAUCCCUUGAACUCUGGACCAUAUGUUCUUCUUUCAAAUAUGUAUGCUGAGCUUGGUAGAUGGAAAGAUGUGGUGAGAGUCCGUAAACAGAUGAGGCAAAUGGGAGUAAUAAAGCAACCUGGUUGCAGUUGGAUUGAAAUUCAGAGUCAUCUACAUGUUUUCAUGGUAAAAGAUAAAAGACACCCUCAUAAGAAGGACAUCUAUUUAAUUCUGAAAAUUCUAACAGAACAGAUGAAGCGAGUUGGUUAUGUGCCAGAAGUCGACGAUGAUGAGACUUAUGAAGAAGAAAGUGACUCUGAACUUAUUUUACACAGUGAAAUGGAAAUGGCAGUAGAUACUGCAGUUGGAUAA